AUGCAGGUCUCCGAAGAGCAGCGUGUGCUGGGAAUUGUAGUGGCGAGCAUCAUGCUCUGCUUCUCCUGCUGUUGCCUGGCGAUGUGUGGUUCUUGCUUCUGCCUCUGUAUGCGCGGUGUGCCGGAGAAGUAUGUCCCCCGCGUGCAAGCUUUUCUACAGGAACUGGAGUCCCAGGGUUACCUGCCCAAGUUGUCGGAUUCGGAUGGGACAGUUGAGCAAGGGCAGCCAGGACCAAGAAGUGGUGCAAAUCCAGAAGCCCUUGAGCUCGACCUGCCGGAGCUGCCGGAAGAGCGGCGCAUGCAGCUCUGA